UGUCGUCAGUAGACCAUGGCAGCGAUGAUGGUGAAGGGAGAGGAUGAGGAAGAGAACAAUCUGGAAGUACAAGAAACCAAAAUUAAGGGUAAAAGCGGGAGAUUCUUCACAGUCAAGCUCCCCGCUGCUCUUGAUCCCGGGGCCAAGAUUUCCGUCGUUGUGGAAGCGGUUUAUACCCACGUGCUUCAGCCGUACCCAACUCAGAUCACCCAGUCGGAGAAGCAGUUUGUGGUGUUUGAGGGGAACCAUUACUUCUAUUCUCCGUACCCCACGAAGACGCAGACAAUGCGCGUGAAGCUCGCCUCCCGAAACGUGGAGAGCUACACCAGGCUGGGGAGCCCCACGCGCUCCGAGGACCUCCUGGAUUACGGGCCCUUCCGUGACGUCCCUGCCUAUAGCCAGGAUACUUUUAAAGUACAUUCUGAGAACAAUAGUCCUUUCCUGACCAUCACCAGCAUGACCCGAGUCAUCGAGGUCUCCCACUGGGGCAAUAUUGCCGUGGAGGAAAACGUGGACUUGAAGCACACAGGGGCUGUGCUGAAGGGGCCUUUUUCGCGCUAUGAUUACCAGAGGCAGCCGGACAGCGGGAUCUCCUCCAUCCGCUCUUUCAAGACCAUCCUCCCUGCUGCUGCCCAGGAUGUGUAUUACCGGGAUGAGAUUGGCAACGUCUCCACCAGCCACCUCCUUAUCUUGGACGACUCCGUGGAGAUGGAGAUCCGGCCUCGCUUCCCUCUUUUUGGGGGGUGGAAGACCCACUACAUCGUUGGCUACAACCUCCCGAGCUACGAGUACCUCUAUAACUUGGGAGACCAGUACGCACUGAAGAUGAGGCUUGUGGACCACGUGUUUGACGAGCAAGUCAUAGACUCUCUGACUGUGAAGAUCAUCUUGCCCGAAGGGGCCAAGAACAUCCAGGUGGACAGUCCGUAUGCGAUCAGCCGUGCCCCUGACGAGCUGCACUACACUUACCUGGACACGUUUGGCCGCCCUGUGAUCGUCGCCCACAAGAAAAACCUGGUGGAGCAGCACAUCCAGGACAUCGUGGUGCACUACACCUUCAACAAGGUGCUCAUGCUGCAGGAGCCCCUGCUGGUGGUGGCCGCCUUCUACAUCCUGUUCUUCACCGUCAUUGUCUACGUCCGGCUGGACUUCUCCAUCACCAAGGACCCGGCGGCAGAGGCCAGGAUGAAGGUGGCCUGCAUCACCGAGCAGGUGUUGACCCUGGUCAACAAGAGAAUUGGGCUCUACCGUCACUUCGACGAGACUGUCAACAGGUACAAACAGUCCCGGGAUGCGUCCACCCUCAACGGCGGCAGGAAGAGCCUGGAGGCCGAGCACAAGGCCCUGAGCAGCGAGGUCGCGCUGCUGCAGGCCCGGCUGAAGACGGAGGGCUCGGACCUGUGCGACAAAGUGAGCGAAAUGCAGAAACUGGAUGCGCAGGUCAAGGAGCUGGUCCUGAAGUCGGCGGUGGAGGCCGAGCGGCUGGUGGCCGGCAAGCUCAAGAAGGACACGUAUGUCGAGAAUGAGAAGCUUAUCUCUGGAAAGCGGCAGGAGCUGGUCGCCAAGAUUGACCACAUCCUGGAUGCCCUGUAGGCCGCCAGCCUCCAGGCCAGCAAGUGCAAAAGGCCUUCAAGGAAGAGAGAAGCCUGGCCCUGCCUCAGGCAACAAAAGCAGCUUAGUUUUUGUCCCUGAAGUGUUCCUUAAAACAAACCCCCCCCAAAAGAAAAAAAACCUUAAACCGCAUUAAAAACAAAAUAUCCUUCUGUUUUGAACAAAGAAAUGUUUGCGUUGGUUUUGUUUGUUCUGAAGUCUGUGAAACUCCUUCCACUGGGAACCCCUUGUUUAACGCCCUCCUAAUUCCCGGUGUUUGCUAUUCUGCACGCGUGUGUUUUUUUCAAGCGCGUGUGAUCAAAUGAAAAUAAAGUUGGGACUGUGAA